AGGAGAGCCUCUGAGCACAUGGAGGUGGUCUUUGACCUUGACAUGAAGGAAGUCGCCUCCUAAGGUCAAUCCUAUGCCCUUGUCAGCAAAUUGGAGAUCACCAAGGAAGAGAAUCUGACUGGUGGCAGAGGGUUUCAAAAGAACAGGCUCCUGAUGACUCCCCUGGACAUGAUCUAUACGAAUGGCAACUGGGCCACCGAGGAGGAGAUGUGGGAAUUCCUGAAAGUGCUGGGGAUCUACGAUGGGAAGAGACACUUCAUCUUUGGGGAGCCCAGGAAGCUCAUCACCAAAGAUUUGGUUCAAGAAAAGUACCUGGAGUACCAGCAGGUGCCCAACAGUGAUCCUCCACGCUACGAAUUCCUGUGGAGUCCCAGAGCCCAAGCUGAAGCCGCCAAGACAAAAGUCCCGGACUUUUUGGACAAGAUCAAGCAUACCAACUCCGGUGCCUUCCAAGCCCCCUAUGAAGAAACUUGGAGAAUUGAGGAAGAGAGUGGUGCAGGUGGAGAAUGGGCUGGGGCUUGUGAUAAUGUCAGGGCAGGUCCAGUUUCAGGGGGAAAGCCAGCAGGUUCUCUCACCCCUAGUGAAGUCUGA